UAAAUGUGAGGUUGACAUUUGAAUCGAUUGUUAAACAUUGCGAAUAGCCGGCAAUUUAAGAACAAAACCAUUUUCAAAAUAUAUUUGUUAAAUAUAUGAAUUCAAUGUCGACCACCUUCGCAUAUUAUUGGAUAAGUGGCAUACUUCACAACGAUACAAACCCCAAAUAUUAAAAGUCUUCACUUUUUCUGUGCAAUUCAGUAUCACAAAAAAAUUAAAAUUCAUUGGGCAUCAUACAUAACGUGUUGAAUUAUCAUCAGAUCGACAACAAUGUUACGACGUUCGGCCAGAACGGCUGUAAUGCAAAGCAAAAGCAUCGAAACCGGUAAACGCUUAGCACCACCAAAACUCGAUACUAAACGAAAACGACGCAAAUUGAACGAUGUCAAUGAAGAAAACGAAAUAGAUAUUGUUAUUGCACCAAACGACCGAAAUCAAUCAACAUCAAUUUUGGAUCUGAAUGAACAUUGCUUUGAGGAAAUAUUCGAAUGGUUAUCUGUGAGCGAUUUACAUUCAUUUGGCAAUACAUGUACACAAAUACAACAGUUUGCUGGCCGUCACCUUCAAUGCAAUUAUCCGACACAAUCCGUUUAUUUUUGUGAAUUAUGUCCAGUUCCACGUUUUUGUCGGUCAGCAGAUUUUGAAGGUUUCGAAGAAUAUUUUAAAAGUAUAAUCAUUAAAAUGUGUCUUAAUUGUAAUGAUACGACUAAACACAUAAGCGAUAAAGUCAUAAAAAAACGAAACGAACAAUAUCAAUAUAUCAACUUUUACUGUAACCCACCACUUAAAUGCAUCACAUUCAUAGCUUGUACUUUGACUGCAUGUGAUAUGAAUAACAUUAGAACUCUAUUGAAUAGUGUUGAAGUACUGCGCAUAUGGAAUUGUAUUGUUGUCGAUGAUUUGCAUGAGUGUUUGUUACAACAUUGCGUGAAUUUGAAGAGUUUAUUCGUUUAUAUGACAACAUUUUCAAAAAACCACAAAUGGCUGCGUCAAACGUAUCCAACGAUUGAAUUCUUCGAACUGAGACCUCUAGAACUAUUGUUAAGGGAAAAACUUCACAUCAAUAUGACACAAGUGUUGCAGUUUCUUGAAAAAAAUCCAAAUAUUCGAAGAUUCACAGUUUAUAGUGAACAUCUCAUAGAAUGCGUCAAAUCCAAGGUCAAAUCUAAAUCAUUGUUUAAGAGAAAUAUUCAACUCGAUGAACUUACCAUCAAAUACUGUGGAAACAGUGAAAUACCGACCACUUUAUUAAAUCAACUCUACGAACGUGGCUUUUAUAAAAGAAUAAAUUUGCUAUAUACUAUUGACCCGGUCAAUUGGGAUGUUAAUGGACUUGGAAUGCUUGGGGCUGUAAUUUGUUUAGAUUCAGUUUCGGAUUAUUCUAAUUUGGCCAAUAUCAAAGAAUUAUGGCCCGAUUGGAUAGUUGAUAGACCACGACGACCAUUGGCACAAAGUUAUGUAGCAAGAGAUACAACGGGAAUGGUUGCAUGGUUAAAAAAGAUGGAUAAAAUAGAAAAAAUGUAUGAAAACAACUACAAAAAUGAAUUGGAACGCCUCGCAAAAUGUAUGAUAAACCUCGAACGAAUCUGGUUGAAUAAGAAAUACGUACGUCAUAGCGAUAUUUUGCCAUUUGUUAAACUUGCCCCAAAACUGAAGGAAAUUUUUAUCUUCGAAGAUUUAGAAACUAUACUAAAUCUAUCAAAAUUGAAUAAAAACCGUAAACGUCUAGCCGGAUCUCAAAAACUGACCAUUUACUUAAAUGAAAAACAGUUUCUGAUGAAUGAACGGGGCAACGGUCGAAUGAAUCUCAGUUUGAUUGCAUUAGAUCGCCAUGAAACAUAUUUUGGUAAACAUUUGAAUCCAUCGGACUAUUAUAAUAGUAUUACUUUAUAAAAGUCGUUAUAACCCAUUCUAAAUGUAUAUUAAAAAAAACAAUUUAUGAUAAUAUUUAAAGAAUUCACAUAAUCAUUUGAUAUAAGUAACGAAAGUGAAUUUUUAUAAAAUUCAUGGAUAUUGAAAAGAAACCAACUGCCUAGUGCAAAGU